AUGCUGCGGUGUUGCCUCCCCCGACGCGCCAUUGCGCAAACGGUGCUGAAGGACAACUACACACUGUCGCGCCUGUCCAGCGGCCUGCGAGUGCUGACGUGCGACGACGGCAACGGCAUCACCGGCAUGGGGCUCUUCAUGCUAAACGGAACGAAGUUUGAGGAUGGAACGAAUACGGGGGCGGCGGCCGUGUUUGAGUCACUGCCGCUGCGCAGCAACCAGAUAUUUACAGGCCGCGAGAUCAGCGAGGCGCUGGGGUCGCUCGGUAACGCCUUUAAAAUGACAAACAACAAGGAGGCGAUGUCGGUUAUGCUGAUGAUGCCGCGCUACCACCAGAGGGAUGGGCUGGAGCUGCUCAACUCGAUGUGCCUGCACCCGACGCGGGAUGAGGCGGAGUUUCACAUUGCGAAGGAGAAGGCCGCGGAACGGGCCCUCCUGCACUGCCGCGACGCAACGAGCGUCUGCCUCGAGCUCGUGCACGAGGCGGGGUGGAACGGCAAAGGGCUUGGGCAGCCGCUUGACCCAACGAAGGCGGAGCUUGAAAAUCUGACGCUUGAGAAGUUCACCGCCUUCCACCGCACCUACACACGACCAGAACGCACCGUCCUCGCUGCCACCGGCGUCGCGGAUCACAAGCAAUUCGCCGCAGAUGCCGAGCGUAUUUUGAAAUUUGACAGCGACACGGCGCCGCUGCAGACGCCACAGCACCACCCGUACACAGGCGGUAGUCGGUUGGUGCAGAAGACGGAGGCCCCCGAGAGCAUGAACAAGUUCCAGGAGAAGAACCUCAGCCACGUCGCCCUCUUCUUUCAGGGGGUUCCCAUAAAGCACCCCGACUACUACAACAUCAGCGUCAUUCAGACCCUCCUCGGCGGUGGAACAUCGUUCAGCUCCGGCGGCCCUGGAAAGGGCAUGCAAACCAAACUUUUUCGCGAGGUGCUGAACAAGGAGGGUUUCUUGCACGGUUUAGAGUGCAUCACGGCAUGGUACAGCGACGGGGGUCUCAUUGGACUCUACGGAAGCGCACCACACGAGUCCGUCUACGCACUUCUGAAGGUGAUGUUAUACCAAGCCGCCUCCAUCUGCCAGCGCGUGAGCCCCUUGCACCUUGAAAUGGCAAAGAAUCAGCUGCGGUCGCAGCUGAUUCUCCUCGGCGAAGGUCGCGAACAGCUCCUCUCGGACAUGGGGUUUAACAUGGUGGUGCACGACCACGUUAUCACCGCCAACGAGACGGUGGCGGGAACGCAGCACAUCACGAUUGAUGGACUAAAACGCGUCUGCGCCGAAAUGAUUCGGAGGCCACUCACUUUUGUUGUCUACGGCGAGACGACGAAAAUGCCGUCGCAUGAGAAGCUGGAGGAGGCGGUGCGGAAAACGUACGAGCGGCUUAAUUGA